CAAAUGAGGGGAAGGUUAUAGCUCAGAGCAGGUCUGAGCUCACGGGAAGAUGGCCAACCUGGCGCUGGAGAUGGUGGCUAUGGGCCUGAGCCUGCUGGGCCUGAUCGGGGCGUCGGCGAGCACAGGGAUGCCCAUGUGGAAGGUGACGGCCUUCAUCGGGGAGAACAUCAUCGUCAUGGAGACGCGCUGGGAGGGCCUGUGGAUGAAUUGCUACCGGCAGGCCAACAUCCGGAUGCAGUGCAAGGUGUACGACUCACUGCUCUACCUGCCGCCCGAUCUGCAGGCGGCUCGCGGACUCAUGUGCUGCUCCUUGGCGCUGGCGGGCCUCGGCAUCCUGCUGGCCAUCACCGGCAUGCGCUGCACCUCCUGCAUCAGGGGCAACUCCAGCGCCAAGCGGGUGAUGCUAAUAGUCGCCGGCAGCAUGAUCCUGGCCGCCUGCCUGUGCGUCCUCAUCCCCGUCUCCUGGACGGCCCACGUCAUCAUCCAGGACUUCUACAACCCGCUGCUGAUCAACGCUCAGCGCCGCGAGCUGGGGGACGCCUUGUACAUUGGCUGGGUCUCCUCCGCCGUGCUCUUCGCCGGAGGCUGCAUCUUCACCUGCUGCAGCAUCUCUCGGGACAAAGACGCCCCCGAUGAGCGGACGUACCCCCGCAGCGGCGCCCUCCUGAUGUACCCACCGCAGGUCCUGCAGCCGCACCCCUUGAGCUACAGCUACCUCUCCCGCCAGCCUUCCCUGCAGCCCUCGUUCCACCCGGCCAUGCAGCCUCCCAUCCAUCCCGCCAUCCAGCUGUCCAGGCACCCGUCCAGCGUGCACAGCGGCAUGGCUUACCUCUGACAUCAUCGGCACUGGCCUGACCCCGAGUCCGGCGGAGAUCGGAGUCCGACAGCGGCGUCACGCUCCUCUCAGGUGGGGGCAGAUCUCUCCACCAGCCCGUCCGGCAGGAUCAGAUGGGGCCCCGGCAGCCCCAGGCCCGCCUCUGCAAGAUCCAGUGCCGAGAGGAUCACCUAAAUGCAGUGGACUGUGAGGGACAUUCAGAAGGAUAAGUAUCAGCAAUAUAUGAGAUGAGUGAAAUUAAAAUGAGCACAUUGACGAACAUCCUUUAAUUAAUUCUGUUCUAGAGAUAAUCAACAGAUUGCAAAUUACAGCGUAUCGAGCAAUAAUUAAUAUCAUGUUUAUUAAAAAAGUAUAUUUUGUAUCCUAAUGUUCCAAUGCAGUAGAAGAUGUCUUUAGCAUUGUCUUCUGAAUAAGACGUGAAUAUUGGUAGGUUUUUCAGAGAUGAUCAACACAAGCAUCCAUUUUCCAGGGACGUGCUCUUGUCUCUCCUUCUCUCGCUUGUGAAAUUUAUCACCCGUGACAAUGAAUGCUUUGCUCUUACUGUGGACAUCGGGUUCUUUUUCUGUGUAAAGAGAGUUUUAACGUGUCUCUUUACGGACGGCAAAACGGAGAGCGUCAUAACCUGGGGCUGUGCCUCUCAGGCCACUGACGGCGCUCUGUUUAGGACCGACACGCCGACACGCAAGCAAGGACUCGAAAAUCAUACCCCCCGCUCUUUUGGAAAUAGUUUCUUGUCCUUUGUCAGUAGGGUAGCAGAGAACGUAAUAACUGGGGCACCUGUGCUCCCUGAAAGCCGCCUGACUGGCCCCAUGCCCGAAACCCCUCCGUGUGACUCGAUGGGCUCUGUCAUUCGCGAGAGUGGCCUGUCACGUUCAUCAAGCCGAUGCCCACUGGACAGAAGGCGGCAGAAGCUCUGGCUUAGUGUCAGAUUGUAGCUUUGCUGAAUUCAAAAUCUGCUCUAAAUAAAACUCAGUGAAGUAA